AUUAUAAUGGAGCUAACUUUUGCAUAAAAGUAUAGAUUUACUUUAGAUAAGAAAAUAGGAUUAGGAGCAUUUGGUUAAAUAUAUUUAGGUAUAAAAUAAUUAUAUAAAAGGUAAUAAUAUAAAAAGUGGAGAAGAAAUUGCUAUAAAAUUAGUAACUGAAAUUCUAAUAUUUUUUAGGAAAACGUAAGCAAUAAACAUUCGCAAUUAUUACAUGAAGCAAAGAUUUACAGAAUAUUAUUAUUAGAUGGUCCUGUACCAGGAAUUCCAAAUUUACAUUGGUUUGGAUAAGAAGGAGAUUUUAAUGUUUUAGUUUUGGAUAUUCUUGGACCAAGUUUAGAAGAUUUGUUUAAUUAUAAUGGAAGAAAGUUUUCACUAAAAUCAGUUUUGAUGUUAGCAGAUCAAGUAGAUAUUAUUAUUUGAUUGUGUUUAUCUUUAGUUAUUAACAAGAAUUUCAUAUUUGCAUAGUAAAGACUUUAUUCAUAGAGACAUUAAACCAGAGAAUUUUUUAAUUGGUUUAAAUAAGAAGGCUGACAAUAUUUAUAUGAUUGAUUUUGGUUUAGCCAAUAGAUAUAGAUAUUAAAGAACAGGUAUAAAUUUAUAAUAUAAAGAAACUCAUAUUUAAUUUGGAGAAAACAAUUAAUUGGUAGGAACAUGUAGAUUUUCUAGUAUAAAUGCACAUUUAGGAAUUGAAUAAAGUAGAAGAGAUGAUCUUGAAUCUAUAGGAUAUAUGCUAAUAUAUUUUUUAAGAGGAUCUUUACCAUGGUCAGGAAUUAAAACAGAAACAAAAAAAGUUAAGUAUGAAAAAGUAGGUGAAUGUAAAAUUGCUACUCCAAUAGAUAAGUUAUGUGAGGGAUUUCCUGGUAAUUUAAUGUAUUUUCAUUUUAGAGGAAUUUGUUAAAUAUUUUAAUUAUAUAAAGAGUUUAAAAUUUGAAGAAAUUCCAGAUUAUGUUUGGAUUAAAAGAUUAUUUAAGGAUCUAUUUUUUAAAUAGGAAUACAUUUGGGAUAAUGUAUUUGAUUGGGCUUAAGAGACUAAAUGA